CAAGUUUGCUAUAGUCUGCAGUUAAUUUUGUGGGUGAAUUUGCUGUGAUACUUCUAGCACAUGACAAGCAUUCCUCUGCAAACCAGCCCCUCCCCCCUUUUCAGCAAUGGCUACUGAUACACAGCAAAGAACUGAGAUGAGCACACAAGAGCAUCUUGCUCGUGAGAACAAGGAGCUGAGAAGUCGAUGCCAUUUCCUUGAGAACGAUCAACAGAGAAGUAAAUAUCUGGCCCUAGAGUGGCAGAACUUUGGCAAGUACACUGCACAAGUACUCAAGAAUGAGGCGGAGACAGCGGACAAGAAAUUAAAGUAUUUGGAAACACGAGUGGAGGACUUGAGGAUGGAAAACAAAGAACUAAAAGAUGUUUGCUUGUAUCUUGACCAGACGCAAGCUGGAGACUCGAAACUCACUCCUCCAGAACUUUCAGAACUAUUAGCUCAAACUAAGUUCCUAUCAAAACUGAACCUGCAGGGUCUAGUCCCACACCUGUCUGAUUCAGUAGGGGCUCUUAAGAGCAGUACAGCCACCACCGGGCCGUCACUACCCCCAGACACUGAACUGGGACAGGCAAUUGCUGAACUGGGAAAGAGAGUGAAGAGGCUGGAGACAGAGAAACUAGAACUGGUUAAGUCCCUUUCAGCUGCUCAUAUGCUAGUGGCCAACACUCACAGUCCAGCCAGUGGUUCCUUUCAGGGCAGUGCUGCUCCUCGGGUGAUUGAGCAUCCUCCAAAGAUGAAGCCACUGUUAAUGAGAGGUGGACAAGAAGAGGUGGAUGGAGGGAGAACUACAAGAGACGUAUCCCCGGAGACCAUUGCCAACGCAGUAAUGCUGCUGGACAUGAUACAGAGGGUGGAUGCGGCAGAGGUCAAUGGGUACACUGAUUGCAUGGAGGAGGCAGAGGUGGAGACACUCAAGAUCCUGAUAGCUAUUGCUUGGCAGAGAAUUCAAGAGCAAACUUCCAUAUAGACUAGACAUCUAGACAUCUAGUACAAGUUGUGUAAAGUUGUUUGUUCCAUGUCGGAAAUUGAAAGAGUGCACAAUGUUAAUGAAUGUAAAAUUAUGACAAACAUUAAAUAGCUAAGCAAAA